AUGCAGGAAGUGAAACUGCGGGGAGUUGAUGUGGACAUGUCGGGGACUGGAAACCCUCGAGUGGAAGCAGAGUUUGAGGCUUUUUAUGCUUUUCCUCCGCAGUUCAGGAUCUCCCACACCGUGGAGUCUCUGGAGUGCGUGCUGCUGCUGCGUCCGUCGUUUGCUGCUGCUGCAGUUGCUUCUCUGACGGUGCAGCAGCUGCGGGUGCUGCAGCAGCAGGAAGAAGGAGACGGCCGCAGCAGGCUGCUGGCGGAGCUGGGCAGCAGCGAGCUGGAGGUCUUCGAAGCAGCAGCCCCUGCAGCAGCAGCAGCAGCAGCAGCAGCGAACGAGACACCGCCCUCAACUUCAGCUGCUGCUGCCGCAACGGAAGCAGCUGCUUCGAAUCCGUCUGCAGCAGCAAGUCCGGCGCCGACGGCAGCGCCGCCAGCGCCAGCAGCAGCAGCAGCAGCGGGCGCAGCAGCAGCAGCAGCAGCAGCAGCAGAGUCCCCUUUUGCUGCUCUGAUAAAGGAGACAGUUCACUCUACUUCAAGUGUCUCCGUUUUCGUCGAAGGAGACGCAGCAGUUAAAGUCCACACCAGCCUCGGCACUCUCACAGUCCACAUGCCAGUCAACAUCAAACAAACUUUCCAAGGUUUGGGGGGUUUGACUUCGUCGGCGUCCUUAUUUGAAAUGCGGGAAAUGCGGGUGGUGGGUGCGGACUCGGAGUUUCUGGACGCGCGGGCGCAGCUGCUGCUGCAGCUGCCGCAGCAGCAGCAGCAGCAGCAGGAAAGCGUGCUGGGGGUGGACCUGGGGCCCCUGGCGCUGGACCUGGACCUGCCCAUUCCGCAGCACUUGUGGCCGCUGCUGCCGGAGCUGGAGCAGCAGUUUCAAGAAGAACAUUUGCUGCUGGAAGGAGACCCUUUGGGACCACUGGUCACGGCGGGGGUGGUGAAGUUCGAGCGGCUGCAGAUCCCGUCUCCGGCGAAGCGGCGGAAGCUGCAGCAGCUGCAGCAGCAGCUGCAGCAGCAGCAGCAGCAGCUGCAGCAGCUGCAGCCCGCCUCGGCACCGCCCGCACUGCAGCAGCAGCAGCAGCAGCAGCAGCAGCGGAUGCAGACGCAGCAGCGGAUGCAGACGCAGCGGCGGACUCGGCCUCGGCGGCGGGAGACGCAGGAGGUGCAGCAGCAGCAGGUGCAGCAGCAGCAGCUGCAGCUGCUGCUGCAGGUGGAAGACGAAGCAGCAUUUGUGGCUUUCGCGCUGCGGGCGCUGCAGCAGCAGCAGGAGACAGUGGUCGCGCUGCAGGGCACCGUGUCUUUGCUGCUGCAGUCGCCGCUGGGGCUGCUGCAGCUGCAGGGCCUCCAGCUGCAGCAAACUGUCUCCUUUGGGGCCCUCGGGGGGGCCCUGGGGGCCCUCUCGGGGGCCCUUAGGGUACUGUCUUUUGUGCCCGGAGACACAGAGGAGGGGCCCCCCGGUUUUCGGGACAGUUUGGCCUUCACAGUGGACCUGCCAGCAGCAGCAGCAGCAGCGGGCUGCUGGGGACGGAGCCGGCGACGCUGCGGCCGCCGCGGGCGCUGGCGCUGCAGACAACUGUCUCCUUGCCAGCUCUGA